AAAACAAUGGCAAAUUAUGAUGAGUUUACAAGUGUGGAGUUUUCGAAGCAGCUGGAGAAUGAGGAGGUUGGGGAGCGUAUUGGGAGGAAAAGAGAUAAGAAAAGUAGUAUAAGCGUCCAAGACUCUGAAGACGGUCGUAAAGAUUCUAGGAAAAAUAGUCUUCUAGGUUUUUUUAAAAGGUUAGUAUGAUGAUCAAAGAACCAGUAUUCAAAGAAUUCCGUUGGUUCUAAAAAGCGGAAGUAUCUUCCAGAUCAUCUAAAGGAGUACCUUGUAUUCAGCCCUGAUUGAGACUCAAAUGGACGGACGAGCAGAUUUUCUAAAGCGACUCCGGCUUCUACAACAAACAGUGAAAAUUGAAAUGAUAUAUUUGCACUACCACCAUGCCUUGAGAUAUGAGAAAUUGAUCCUAAAAAUCGCCCAAACAAAUCAAAUACAAAGCAAAUCGAAAUUAUUGAGAGCAAUGAACUCGGAUCAUACGAAAGAGUCCUUAAUAAAAGUAGAAGAGCAAUGAGCCUGACUCAUAACAAAUCUGUAGGAAUAUUCCUAAGCAGGUUCAGAGAAAGGAAGUCUAACAUCAGCACCAGUAGUAACUUGUUUAGACCAAUUUUAGUAUCUAGCUUGACUAAGAAUGAGAACUCCCUGUCUUCAGGUUGUUCUUCGCAUGACGAAUCUUAAAUUAUGAAAUCAUGCAAUUAUGGAGAGGCUUAAAGUAAGGAAGAUAUUUCUUAGAUUAGAAACCAAAGGAUUUACAAUGUCUCUAGUUCAAUACUCAAUACGACUGUAAUCACUACCCUACCUAUAAAACACUUAUAAAUCAUGGUACAAAUUUUU